UCACACACUCUUCAUCUUCACAGGGAAAAAAAAAACAAUGGUGGCUCAGAGUCAGACCACGUACGAUCAGCUCGCCGAGCUUUGCGAAACCUUCAGCUUAAUGGACAUGGAUGGUAAUGGUUUCAUUACCGCGAAAGAGCUCGGAACCGUGAUGCGUUCCCUUGGUCACAACCUGACAAAAUCUGAGCUUCAAGGCAUGCUCAACGAAAUGGAUGCAGAUGGUAACGGCACCAUCGAUAUCCUUGAGUUCUUAUACGCAUUGAUCGACACAGACUGUAAGGAAAAACUCAAGAAAGCGAUCGGAGUUUUGAGUCAGCUUACUGAAGAUCAGCUUGUCGAGUGUAAGGAAAUCUUCAGCUCAAUAGACAAGGAUGGUGAUGGUUGCAUUACCACAAAGGAGCUCGGUACCGUGAUGCGUUCCCUCGGUCAAAACCCAACCGAAGCUGAGCUUCAGGACAUGAUCAACGAAGUAGAUGCAGAUGGUAACGGAACCAUUGAUUUCCCUGAGUUCUUGAAUCUUAUGGCUAGGAAAAUGAAGGACACUGACUCUGAGGAAGAGCUCAAGGAAGCUUUCAGAGUCUUUGACAAAGACCAGAACGGUUUCAUCUCCGCUGCUGAGUUAAGACAUGUCAUGACUAACCUUGGCGAGAAGCUUACCGAUGAAGAGGUUGAUGAGAUGAUUAAGGAAGCUGAUGUUGAUGGUGAUGGUCAGAUCAACUACGAGGAGUUCGUCAAGGUUAUGAUGGCCAAGUGAAAGAGGAUUAAGGCCUACCUUUGUUAUGUAAUUUUAUUAAGAAUGUUUCUCAUCGUUUUGUUCUAAAUUUCAUUCAUGGCUCUGGUUUUUUUUUUUUUUUGGUGGUUCUGUUUUCGUUUUGUUGAACGGCUCGUUUACUUUUAAUUGUUGUUUCUAUGUUAUUGAUAUAGGUUCAGAACCUGAUUCUUGAAAAGAAAACAGUAAUGAGAUCUUCUUCUUCUAUU